UGGUGGAUAGACAUAUUUAAUCCAACUGAUGAUGAAAUGCGAUCACUGAGUAAGAUUUUUCGGAUUCAUCCUUUGACAACAGAAGAUAUUCAAGCUCAAGAGUCUCGUGAAAAGUGUGAAAUUUUUCAAAAUUACAUGUUCAUUAGUUUCCGAAGUUUCAACCACGAUUACCUCAGCCAAUCUUAUCUAGAAGCUGUUAACUUUUAUAUCAUUGUAUUUAAGGAUGGAGUACUUACGUUCCACUUUAAACCUCUACCUCAUCCACAUAAUGUUCGAAGACGUAUCCACCAACUCAAGGAAGUAGUACGAGUCACACCAGAGUGGAUAAAUUAUGCACUUAUUGACAACAUAACUGACAGCUUUGCACCUCUGAUUCAACACGCCGAACUUGAAGUCGAUUCAAUCGAUGACCUUGUUUUGGUCCUGACAAAUUCUGAGCAGUCAGACAUGCUGCGGCGCAUUGGAAGCUGUCGAAAGACUGUUAUGCAACUCCUUCGUCUCCUAGGUCCCAAGGCAGAUGUCUUGCGUAGUCUCAUAAAAAGAUACGAAGAUCAUAUGCAUGAACUAGCACAUAUUCAUGAGGUUAUUCUAUACCUAGGAGACAUUCAAGUAGAUCAUAUUCUUACCAUGUUGCAAAACGUUACCCAUUUCGAUUUGACACUUGGUCGUGCUCAUCGUAAUUAUCUUGGCCAAGUAUCAAUUGAAUUGUCGCAGGCAGGCAAUACCACAAACGAAGUCAUCAACAGACUCACUUUCUUGGCCACUCUUGUAAUUCCUCUCAACCUUGUUGCCGGUAUUUUUGGUAUGAAUGUAGAAGUACCAGGACAGAAUAAUACAGAUCUGGUUUGGUUCUUUUGGAUUGUAUGCGGGAUGCUGGUAUUUGUUAUC